AUGGCGUUGUACACAAGGGCAAUUGAAGACCUUAAACAGAUCUUAAGCAUAAUUCCAAGAUCCAGAUCAAAAGAACAAAUCAAUGUAGCAUUUAAACAGAAAAUCAGGUUUUAUAUUAAAGAUAUAGAAGAGUUGAAACCUUUGCCACAGCCUUUGAAAACCCAAGUAAACAGUAAAUAGCUCUGCAAAUUUAUGCUGCUUCUUGAUAUUCCUCAAAAUUCCCAAAUUUUCACUAUUAAAGACAAAACCAUUGAUUUUUACAUCGUAUUAUCAGGAAAAGUCUUGAUUGAAUGCCCUGGGAAAAAAUCAGAAACAAAAGGCAAUCUCGAUCUUUUUGGUUCCACAUCACCAUUUAAAGAAGAGAUAUGGGAUCGUUACAAUGCAAGCGCAAUGGCUGACUCACUGAUCAUCUACGUGCCUAAAAAGAAGUUCACAAAAAUCGGAGAAAAAUAUAAAGCAUUUCUCGAAAGAAAGCAGUUAAUUGAUUUUAUAGGGAAAUCAAUACCGGGUGGUAACCUUAUCAGUGAAUCUGGAAAAUUAAGCUUAUUCGGCUUAUUUUCAAGCAUAAAUUUUGUGCCUGGAGAAGUACUGAUAAGAGAAGGAGAAGUUUCAGAAAAUGCGUUGUUAAUUAAAGAAGGUGAAUGCAAACUUAUAUGUUCAAAUGGAGCAAUUAACCAAAAAUGAGGGUUCAUAUCACUUACAACGUCAAGCUAUAAUUAUGGCAUUUUGGUGCCUGGAGAAUGAGCAGGAGAAGCUUCAAUUUUAAUGGACCGACCAAUGGAAAUAUCAGUAAUAGCGAAGACUGCAGUUAUUGCAUUAAAAAUAAGUCGAAAUUCAUUAUUGCAUGAAUUUCCGAGUGCUGUUCUUGAAAUAAUGAGAAAAAACGUUGAAACUAAACUUCAAUGAUGAGCAAGCAGGCGAGGAGAAAUAGACAAAACUAUUGCCCAAGCAGUAUAUACAGAAGGCCAAACUGAUUUUAAUAAAUCUUUUGAAUAUACCGAAAAGGAUUACCCCAGGGCAAACCGCAAAGCACUGUCAAAUUUCAGAAGAAUGGAACUUGUCAGAAAUAGUCAUGAUCCAAGAGCUUUGAAUUUUAGUCCUAAAAUUCGUAGCCCAUCUCCGACUCGAAUGCUUUUAGAGGCUCCUUCUUUGAUAGAAACAAAAUCUAUUCGGCAUUUGUCUUCAAAUGCAGGCUCUCAACGACAGCUGACCAUAGACACAAAUGAAGAAACUAAAACCGUUUUGCAGUCUGGCUCAAUUUAUUCCAAUAAACUAGUCCCAAUAUACUCCCCGAAAUCAAAAUCACGUACCCCAAGCAGCCAAAGACACAGUUUUACCCCUUCAAAGCUACGAAAAAGCUUCAAACUUUUCCCCGAUAUCUCUCCAAUCCCUCAUAGCGACUCCAAAGAAUCAAAAAGUGCAAUCCGUCUCCGUAAAAUCCCAAAAUUUUUAGCAGAAGAUUCUUAA